AUGCUGGAGGAUCAUUCUGAUCCUUCAGUACUAAAACACUACCAUGCGUACAGAAGAUAUGACGGUCACGGCGUGGCCGUAUACAUACACAAAACACUACCACACACAGAAGUGACGUUGGAUACCACUCUGGAGGCAGUCGCGUGCAGAGUGAAAUUCAAUGGCACGUAUCUGGCUAUCUGUUCUCUCUACUUGCCUUCCAAUACGCCUAUUGCUGAUGAUGACUUAAAGUCGUUAUUUCACCAGCUUCCAGGCAACAAGCUGGUUUUGGGCGACUUUAACGCUCAUCAUCAGCAAUGGGGCAGUGAGAGGUCAAGUGCACGUGGGGAACAGAUUGUUAACAUUCUCCUACAGACAAACCUCUGUCUUCUGAACAAUGGUUGUGCGACUCGUGUAGACGAUCGGACAGGUAACGCGACUGCCAUUGACUUGUCAUUGGCCUCGCCAAAUAUGUUCUCUGACUUCUCUUGGGAGGUCAGCGACGACGCACACGGAAGUGACCACUUACCAAUCUGCAUCUCUUACUCACGCGACGUUGCCUCUAUCCCUCCUCCACCUAAAUUUAAUUUUAAGAGAGCAGAUUGGGCAACCUUCCGUGUGGUCGCCGAUGUGGAUGUAUCUGGCGAGGACACUGACACAAUGGUUAGCAACGCAACACAUUCCAUUUUACACGCCGCUGAGGCAUGUAUUCCGAAAACUUCUACAAUUCACACAAAGCAUGGAGUUCCAUGGUGGACAACGGAUUGUCGACAAGCACUUCGUGAGCGUAAUAGGCGAUACAGGUAUUUCAGCCAGCAGCCCAGUCAAGCUAAUUUCAUGGCCUAUAAAAAGGCAAGGGCUCAGGCAAGGAAAGUCAUCCUUCAAGCUAAGAGGGGCUCUUUCAGAGAGUUCACGGCAUCAGUAAGCCGUACAACCCCGCUAGGGCAAGUAUGGAACACAGUCCAUAUCCUUAGCGGGAAAAAAACAACCACUCCAGUAACCACCCUCAUCACCAACGGGGUUGUUACAGACACCCCCCAAGCUAUUGCCAACACCUUAGCCCGGCAAUUUGAACGGGCGAGUAGCUCCGCCUCGUUCCACCCUGCCUUCCUUCCCCGGAAGGAGGCAGCAGAACAAACAGUCCCAAACUUUGCCACAGGAGGCGUAAACACUGAUUACAACUCAGAGUUUAC